UCGAAAGUACUGUAAACAUUGAAGUGUGCAACACAGGCUCAAAACGCACGGCCUACUGGACCGGCACGUAUUUGAUGAAUCAUAAAUAGUUGAUGCAAUUUUACAUCACGACGCGCAUACAAUGUUGUCCACGAGAGAACAACCGCCGAUGGAGGAUUUCGCACCACGCAGCUACCAAACGCAGCUGAAGGAGAUAUGUAUGGCCAAAAACACCAUCGUUUAUCUGCCGACCGGUUCCGGCAAAACGUUCAUCGCACUGAUGGUGAUGAAGGAGAUAAGUUACCAGGUGCAGAACAAGAUCGAGGAUGGUGGUAAGCGUACAUUUUUCCUCGCAAACACGGUGGCACUAGCGAAGCAGCAGGCACAGUUUUUUGUCCGCCAUCUACCAUUCAACGUAAAAUUGUACACCAGUGAAGUUAAUGUAGAUGCCUGGAAAAGCGAUCGUUGGCACAAGGAGUUUUCCGAAGGGCAGAUUAUUAUCAGCACCGCCCAAAUCUUGCUGGAUGUGCUUCGGCAUGGUUACAUGAACCCGUCAAACAUUAAUCUGAUUGUGUUCGAUGAAUGUCACCGGGCCGUCGGACAACAUCCGAUGCAUGCUAUAAUGAAGGAAAUAAUUGCGGCCCCCGCCAAGGAUCGGCCACGCAUCAUGGGUCUUUCCGGUACGUUGCUGUACAAGGAGCUAAAGAUGCCGACACAAGUGCCGGCAGAGUUGGAGCGGUUGGAAAAUACGUUCAAUGCAACCAUAGCAACCGUGUCGAACUACGAAGAGUACGCAAAUGUGAGCAGCUUUUCCACCAACCCUCAAGAAAUAAUGCUUCCGUUUCGGAAACCAACAAUGCAUUUGUCACCGGUGUGUGUUGAUAUACUGAAGCGGAUGCAGAAUUUCUUGCAAUGGAUAGAGGAUGUAUACUUACCGGAGUAUUCGACACAGUCGCCUCGAACAUUGACUAAGACCAGUUCGAAACCGAUCAAGGAAGUGAGGAAGGCGCUAAACGAGUUCAAAAAUCAAAUGGAAGAACUGGGCCUGUAUUCGGCAUCACUAGCAAUACUGGCGGUGAUUGUGCAGCUGGAAGUUAGCAAACGUCAGGCCCAGUGCAACAAAGCACGACAAGUGUAUCGUGCAGCGAUUUCAUUUUGCGACGUGAUACGGCAUGAUUUGGUUGAGGCAAUGAGCGGAUUUAGCGUGGAAAAGCAAAUAAUGAACUUCUCCUGUGACCGAACCUGCAAACUGCUCCAGUAUCUUGACAUGUCAUAUCGCACAUCGGAAGACCAGCAGAAGCAAGCACUGGUGUUUGUGACACGGCGCUUUACCGCGAAAGUUCUUUACCAUUUGAUAAAGAUCUAUUUUUUGGCUAAAAGAAAAAGCGACGAUCCGACGGAGGAACCAUUUGUGAAGCCGGACUUUAUCGUAGGCAAUAAUGCAGCGAUGGAGGAAUCCAUUGAAAUGAUACUCGCUAACAAGGAAGAUCGUCGGGUACUUGAAAAUUUCCGCAAGCACAAGAUUAAUGUACUGUGUUCGACCAACGUGCUGGAAGAGGGUAUAGACUUGCAAAUAUGUAACAUGGUGAUCAUGUUCGAUGAACCAAAAUCGUACUCCUCAUUCAUGCAAUCGAAGGGAAGGGCUAGGAUGAAAACUAGCAAAUAUGUCAUGAUGGCAUCGAUAGAGGACAGUGCAGCAUUUACAAGCCGUAUGAGAACGUACCGAGCUAUCGAAUCUAGGCUGAAAGAGGAAUUGAUUGGAAAAACAAUUAAUCGCCCAGAACCGCUGGCAACCGAUGUAGAGAAGGAACUGCUAGAUGAUAUGAUACCGCCGUUUUAUACACCGAUCGGAGCCAAGCUGGAUGUGCUUUCCGCAGUACAGCUGCUGAACAGGUACUGCAUGAGCAUGCCGCGCGAUCUGUUCACGGAUAGUGGCGUUACGUGGAAACGUAUCGAUCAGCCACCAAACAACAUCAUCGUAACGGUGAAUCUGCCGCUGCAAUCAACGGUGCGCGAAACGAUCUGCGGACAGCCGAUGGCUAAUGUGAAGCUGGCCAAACAGUCGGCCGCAUUUAAUGCGUGUAAGCAAUUGUACGAGGCCGGUGAAUUGAAUAUGAAUUUGCUACCAAUAUCGACACGGGAUAAGAUAGAUGAAUUAAGCGAACAGUACUUCCAGCAUUGGCGCAAAAUGUCAAACGAACCGAAAAACAGCCAACCGGGAACGAUGAAGUACGUACGUGGCCAUAAAAUUUGCUACCCAAAGGAAACGAUGGGUGGUACUCCGAGUGCGGACGGUGAAGGUUGCUUUGUGUACAUCAUUCGCAUGCGUGCCGAUUUCGAUGCCCGCGAUCGUAUCGAGAACGUACGGUUGUUUAAUGAGCUGUACAACAGCGGCAACAACUUUGGCAUACUGACGCGCAAUAAGCUACCUCCCUUGGCAAAGAUGAAACUGUUCAUUACGCUCGGUCCGAUCGAGGUGGAUGUAGUGGCGACACCCGUUCCAAUAACGCUAGUUCCCGACUCUGGCGAGCUGCAAAAACUGAAGCGUUUCCAUCUGAUGCUGUUUCGCGAUCUGCUAAAGGUGUGGAAACCGUUCACGGUACUGGACGCGCUGCCGGAAGAGAAUGGGUUUCUUAUUGUGCCGAUGCUACGCUCGGAGGUGAUCGAUUGGGAGCUGGUGAGAAAGUUCCAAUAUUUAAGACCGGCGGCGGAACUGAGCACUCGUGCGAGACAGCAGUUGCGAUUUGAGCCGCAAGAAUAUCAGCUCCGGGUUGUCCAUCCAUGGUACAAAAAUGAUCCGGAUCAGAAUCAUGUGGUGAUACAGGUGCGUGAAGAUUUGCGUCCAACGAGUGCGUUCCCGAAUGAGAAGUAUGAUUCGUACGAGGAUUACUUUAAGACCGAACAUCAUCAGGUGGUUGUGCGACGGGACGAUCAGUUCCUGAUCGAGGUGAAAGGCAUUACGACGAGCCUGAACAGAUUGCAUCCGGGUGGCGAAGCGAGCGGUGCUACUACCAACCGUUCGCGGUUCUGGGAGUUUCAGGAAAUACUGAUCCCGGAGCUGGUGCAUAAUUAUGAGUUUCCGGCAGAUUAUUGGUUGAAGGCAACUUUGCUACCGAGCACGUUGCACCGUGUACACUAUCUGUUGCUGGCGGAAGAAAUCCGGGUAGAUCUGGCCACGAAUGCACAGGUUGGAUGUUUGGAGUGCGUAAAACUGGAAGAUCUUCCUGUCGACCGGCUGCUGGCCGCUGUGGGUCAAAAAUCGAAUGAAAGAUAUGAACAAGAAGAUGACGAUGAGGAGGAGGAGGAGGAAGAGGAGGAAGUGUGCAAUGAAAGGAUGGGAACGGUCGCAGUACCGGGCGAUGUAAAACAGCCCGAUCGUAAGCAUUUGCUCAGCGUGCUGGAACAGAUACACAGCGAAUCGGCAUCGGUGGUUGAUCGGUAUACGUAUCCCUGGGAGAGCAAAGAAGAGCCAAAAGAUUUGGAUCGCAAUUGGGAUACGUUGAGCAAGAUCGAUCUGGACUAUUAUGCGUUGUUCGUGAAUAAACACAACCCAAAUGCGAAUGCGAUUACGAACAGCGUAUAUCGUUCGCUGACCGAGUCCAACGUUGAGCAAGAGUUGUCAAAGCUGAACCUGCAGCAAGAGGUACAGCAGGAAGCAGAUCCGAAGCGGCCACUGCUCGCGAUUACCGACGGGUAUGGGCGGGCAAACGAGAUAAAGAUGCUGAAGCUAACGAUGGAAAAUACGGCCAACGUAUGCCUGCAGCAGGCAGAUUUGCUGCAAGCCAUCACCACCAAAUCGUCCGGCGAUGUGUUCAAUCUCGAGCGGUUCGAGGUGUUGGGGGACGCGUUUCUCAAGUUCAGCGUAUCGGUGUUCACCCUGUUCCGGCACACCAGCUGGCAUGAAGGGUACCUUACGUUCUGCAAGAGCCGCAUGGUGAGCAAUCGUAAUCUGGUGUACUGUGCGAUGAACUGCGGGCUGCCCGGCAAGAUAAAGGUGCACACGUUCGAUCCGAAGAACGACUGGGUGCCACCGCUGUCGAGCGUACCGCUCCCCAUACGCAAGGCGAUGAUCGAGGCGAACGAGUCGCCCGCGCUGCUGUACAAUCUGAAGCUGUCCGAGGAGGAAGUGCAGCUGGGUGUCGCGACGGCAGCUACUAUCGAGUGUUUCUUGCCGCUUAUCGAAAAAAUCGAUCAACCGCCCCGUUCCACACUGCAUAGCGUGCUGCAGCGGGUGCAAAUCGCGGACAAGGUGGUAGCGGACGCGACCGAAGCACUGAUGGGCGUGUGCGUGAAGACGGUCGGGUAUGAGCGUUCGUUCCGCAUUCUGUCACAUCUAGGCGUGAUACCGAAGAACGCCGACGUAUCGAUGCUGCUCCGUACGGCUAACUACCCGAUCGGUGAUUACUACCCUGUCCGCCACAAAGUGGACCAGCUGCUGUGCAAUCCGGACCGGAUCGAGUCGAUACUGGGGUAUAAGUUCCAGAACCGCCUUUACCUGCUGCAAGCGUUUACGCACAGUUCGUACAUGUCGCAAUCUAUGACCUCGUCCUAUCAGCAGCUCGAAUUCCUCGGCGAUGCCGUGUUGGACUUUCUUGUUUCCAUGUACAUCUUCGAGCGCAAUCCAACGAUGUCACCCGGUCAGCUGACCGAUCUUCGUUCGGCGCUGGUCAACAACGUGAAUCUGGCGUGCGUGCUGGUACGGUACGAGCUGCACCUAUACAUCCUCUCCCAGUCACCGAUGCUGACCGAUACGAUCGGCAAAUUUGUCGAUGUGCAGCGGUACAACAACAAUCGCACUGGCGACUGGGUCCGCCUGCUGACGGAAGAGUCGGACAUGCCGAUGGCGGAAUAUGUCGAUGUGCCAAAGGUGUUGGGCGACGUGUUCGAAGCACUGAUCGGUGCCAUCUACCUCGACAGCAAGAACGAUCUGAACGUCGUGUGGCAGGUGUGCUACCGUUUGAUGCGCGAUGAAAUUGCCUCGUUCAGCCACGAUACUCCGAUUCAGGUCGUACGGCAGCUGUUCGAACAUCCGGAAGCGAAACCACACUUCAGUGCGCCGAUUGUCGAUGAUGAGGUGGUGUACGUGAAGCUGACCUACACUCAUCGGUCCCAGCGGCAAAAGGUGUUCGGCUUUGGCAAGAACAAGGAAGAUGCUCGCCGUGCUGCCGCCAAGAUUGCCUUGAGCAAAAUGGCAUAAAUGGCUAACGCGUAAUGUUUACGUUUUGUUUUUUUGUAUGUUUCCGUGUCUGUCUUUGUUAGCUUACGAGGGUUUAAUUAAAAUUAGUUUUGUGUUAGAUCAA